UACUUUUUUGCAGUGAUUGUUGAUAUAAUUGUGCAAUUUUUUAUACCGUAUGUAGUUAGGUCUGAGUAUGCCUAGAACUGUGAUUCGCUUUAACUGUCGUUUAUGUCCGACAUAGAAGUCCUGUGAAACUUCAUAACUAGUGUAUGCACACGUAUAUAUGUUCUCUUGUACACACACUUGCACCAGUACUACACACGGAAGCCUCUCGACACACAUGAACACACACAUACACACACACACACACACACACACACACACACACACACACACACACACACACGGACACACACACGGACACGGACGGCUGUCUUUCUUACGCACACAAACAGGCCUACAAACGCCGAGUCUGAUCUGAAGAGAAGACGCAACAAUGUGAGCUUAAACUGAGAACUGAGGUCUUUUUUUUUUCUUUUUUUUUUGUUUUGUUUGUUUGUUUGUUUGUUUGUUUGUUCCACCGUUAUCAAAAAAAAAAAAGCGCACGUUUACGUCCCAGAAUGCAACCAAAGAGCUCACAUGUUCGACUUUUAACAGACCACCUAACAACACAGAGCAAGCAGCCGCCCGCAGAGGAGGCUGCGCUGCUCGUGCGGCCUCCUGCAGAGGAGCCGGAGGUGCAGCAGAUUAGAUGAGGAGAGAGGGCAGUCGCCAAGAAGAAUUCGGGGAGGGGGGCGGGAUAGGGGAGGGGAGGGGGGGUUGGGGGGGUUGCAUAAAAUGAAACAUUAAAGCUACUGGAGACUUGAGGUUGAUAAACUGAGCUCUGCACAUGCUCUCACUACAUGGCUCAGGGUGGGUGGGGGUAACAUCGCCAGAGUGUGCAGAUGUGCAAGCUGGGGGGAGGGGGGGGGGUGGGGGUUACCAUAUUUAUCCAGAUGUUUUUGUUUCCUGCAAAGCUUGAAGUAAUGGACCUGCUUAAAAAAUGGUGGACAUAUAUAUAUUUUUUGUUUUUAUGGAGAGCAGUUCAAACAGGAUUGGGUGGGUGGGGAAGAGGGUGGGGGGGGGGGUGUUAAUGAAUGCAAUGCAUAGAAACUUAAGUAUUGGCUGCUGAAGACAGGGCGGCUCUGGUUUGGGUAUGGGGUGGGGAGGGCAAGUUACACUGGUUUGAGCAGUUUUGUGGACAAAUGGGAUCCUACAUCAUUGCAAGUUAAUCUGUGUCGUCGACCCCCCCGCCCCUCCUCCUCUUUUUUUUUUUUUUUUUUUUUGUCCGUGAGUUGUGAUUGUCCCGUGCUGGCGCCCCGCAGAAACCCCCCCCCCCCCCCUCCCCUCCCUCCUUUCUCGUUUUAGUCGCAAACUGUUUUUUGCUUUAGGAUAGAUGUUUCUGUUUGUUUCUUGUCCAAGAAAAAAACUAAUUGAAACUAAGCAGAAGAUACUUUUUUUACUGAUAGAAAAAAAUAAAAACAAGAGGCUAACCAUGAGUAAUAAUACGUAUCCCUACGAAAGUGAAUUCUGGGUGUUUUUGUGACAUUUCUUUCCCCACCCAGACAGGUUUUCUAUGUUUGUUCCUUCUCUAUGAUAGAUAUUUGUUAUGCACUACUCUUUGUAUCUGAACAGUUUUCGACAGUCAGCAGUUCAUUUUGUUAAAAGACGAAAAAAAGACGACAAAGCGUGCUUUCUGACUGACAAGAUCUUUUGCAAUACCUCAAUUUUGAAAUAUAUUAGGAGAGAAACUGAUAUUUUCUAAGUAAGUUUAUUCAGAUGAAAAAAUAUAUAUUAAUUUAAUUCUUCAAGAGAAAUGAUUUAACAGAUGGUUGAUUUUUUUUUUUUUAAUUUUUAUCAUGCUUAUGUCUUUUAUUUUAAGAAUUUAUUUUUUUGAAAAAAGACAACAACUGAAGGAGCUAGAGCUUUAUAACUAAUAUAAUGAUGUAGUUAGUGAGAGUACGGUCUACUUUAUUACAGUGGAAGUGAGGGUGAGUGUCCCAUUGGUCAAAUUGGACGAAAACAUUAAGAGAAGAAGAGCUCUUUAGAAAACAAAAUAUCAGGUGCUCAGAAAAGAAAACUGAACAUAUUUCCCACGUUUUUUGUAUAUUUAUAAUCAAUCAUUUACUAUGCUGACCAGAGUUGUGAAAGAGAUCUUCUGUUCAUUAUUUUUUUAAGAGAAGUUUUUUAUGUUUCCUAAAAGUAUGUGCUCCCUUUUGUUUUGUAAAAAAAAAAAAGCAACGUGACCCUGAUUUGUUAGCCUGACAUUGCUGGGAGAAAAAAAAACAAAAAACAACGAGACUUGUGAGAGUCGCCGAACAGCUGGAGGUAGAGAGACAAGAAUGUUAUUUUUAACACAAAACAGACACAAGUGUUUUCACCUGUAACUUGAUCGAGAGCCCCCAAGGUGCAUCAAUUGACUGGUGGCCUUCUAUUCACGCAAGACUUGAAUUAUAGUCCCAUUUUUUAAGGCUAAAAACCUUGACUCUUUGUUGUAAUGUGCAAUACUGUUUGUACUGUUUGUAGAAAAGAAGAAAACAAGAAAAAGAGGCAUAAAUCUUUAUUGCAGAAUUAUUUUCAUUGCGAGCAUUGUGAUUCACUAAAAUCAUUUUCUACUGUGUAUUUACCUACUCUACCUGCUAGUACCUUCCAGUAGUAAUGUAGCCUUUGUACUGAGAAAUUUUCAUUAUUUUUAGAAAGUUUUGCUAAAAAAGAAAAGAAUUUAAACAUAUUUACAUAUUUUCAUUUUAUUUCAUAUUUUUUCUUUACAGACUUAUUUCUCAACCAUUAAUAGUUAUUUCUGGGGGAGACUUUCAUAUCUGGUCAAUGUCAUUAAUAUUAUUUUGUAUUUUUACUUGGAAUAAAUUAAUUUUAUGAUGCUAAUUCUUUAAAAGUUUAUUUUUUUUCGUUUGUUCACUUUUUCAUUUUUUUGAAGCUGAGAAAAAAAACAACUUUGUAAUAUUGUUACUAAAGUGUCUCAAUUCUUGAACUGCUAAGCUUUAUGUGUUAACUCGCUGAUGUUGCUUACAUUAGUGUGAAAAAAAAAAAACUACUCACAAACAACAGGUUGGUGGUUGGUGAUGUUUAAGUGAUUCGCGAUGUAAACAAAUGAAUGGGCAAUAAAAUAAAAAUGGCAGAAUGGAGCAUA